CCUCUUGCGAUCAUUCAAUCGUCCAUCGCGUUCCCACAAGACGCGUCGACACCACUCGCUCUCCUCCCGUCACCAGCAAUGGUGCCGCAGGAGAAUCCCAGGAAGUUUGCCUGGAUCAACACCAGCAGAAAGAGGCCCUCGUCUCCGAAACAACGCAAACUCACCCAACCACCGUUAUACGCGUCUCAAAGCGUCAGCAAGCCAGUCCGUUCUGCGCGAAAACCUGCCGUCACCAAUGAGAACGAGGUGACCCCACAAGUGGCCAAGAAGCGGCCUCUACCUUUUGGGCUGCCCACGCCGGCUGCAACUGAUAAAGCGGACAAGGGCAAGGGACGUGCUCAGGACAGGGGGCACGAGUCGCGGGACAGCCCCAUGCCACUGCGUGGCGGAGGACGCCUUAUGGUGGGCAACACCGGAGCUGGAGGCAUGGAGCGGUUCAAGGUGCAUGGCGAUGGCGAGUCUAGCAAGAGCAAGACACCCGCUUCGACGCGUCGAUCUCCUAUGAAAGAGACCAACGACUCUCGCCAACGCCCGAUCCCCCGUACUCCGAACCUGUCUUACAGCUUGUCUCCCGCGCGCCGCUCGCCGGACUUGGGGUUCUUUCCCGUUGAGAGCGAGCUGGAAACGCCUGAGCCGAUUUGUGGAACAGAAACCAUGCGCCGGGUACGGGAGAUCAACGGAAUCCCUCCAAGGCAGAAAGCGCCGCAAGCGUCGCCUACGAGGAAGAGGAAGCGUGGCGUGAGUUCUGACGAGAAUGCCAAGUCGCCGAGGAUGGCCACGAGGACGCGUUCAGGCAAGGGUGAACGACCUACACACCGCGCCGCCCGUGGACUGCCUCUGGCAGAACAUCCUUCGUCAGACAACGACUCUUCCAGAUCCCCCCGUCCAGCAAAAAAGCCUAAAAAGGCUGAACCACCCUACCAUUUUGGCAAUAUAUUCGCACGUCCCAGGGAAGGCAAAUCGGCCCAAAAGUCCUCGCCUUCAAGUCAUGCGUCCCAAAAGUCGACGCCCGUGCGAAGCAGCUCAACAGCCAAAGACUCCGUGUCCCCCACACCGAAACGUGAGCCGUUGACCCCCAAAAAGACGCCCAGGAGACCACGAGCACUCUCUCCUGCCUCCAACUCCUCACCUUCACCUCGACAUCUUCAGGCAAACGUGCGGACCGGCCCCAACGAGCUCAGUCCUGGAGCGAGCCAACAAUCCUUCGAGCUUCCUGCCCGCCAGACGUCCGGUGGGCCUUCACGACCCUUGCCAUCGUUGCACUCGACAGGAGAACAAGGCAAGCAGAUGGUAUAUCAUCACGAGUCUUUCGAUUUGGUUCCUCCCAAAGGCAUGGCAGGUGGUGUACACCAGGGACAGCCUCAGCAGUCCGAGGGGAGACUUUACGUCCCUGUGGACACUAGCGAAACGUUGUUCACGGCUGGAAAUGAUGUGCCUGGAAAUGUACUGUCACCAUCAGUCAGAGAAGAGGAACAUGAUCAAGGAGAAGAACCGGCAUCUACUCGACAAAGCUCGAGGAUUGCCGCUUUGGCUCGCUCUUCACCCUCUGGCACCGAAACCUCUCUACACAAAGCGAGCAAGAAGCCCACUCAAAGGCCAGUGAGAGAGAGGGUGAAAUUGGAGCCUCAAGAGAGUCAGCAAAGCCAACAAUCAAACCUUUUUGGUGACGAGCGAGAGGAAGCGGCGCGAAACUUGGCGGAGAGUGAUGAGGGAUGUGAAGCCGAAGCUGGGACCCUCGACCCUGCUUUGAACGAGACUUACGCAGACAACAAUCUUUUCCAGUCGCAUCCUGAAGGCAGAGUGCCGACGUCUUCCCAAUCUUCAACGGGGAACGUUGCCUCGCGAAGCCGAUCAUGCGAGAAACCGUCACAGUCCCGGGAAGAGAUGCCCAUGGUAGCGACUCCCACCAAGACUCGGUCGCCUCAGCAGCAGACUCCUCAGCGGACGUCCCAGCGUAUUGGUGGGGCGGCAAUGGGGCAGAUGACACCACCUCCGUUGCCCGCAUCAGCAUCGAGACGGUCACCAAGACGGUCACAGCGGUCGAGAGACAAUGAAGAAGAUGAUCUUAUGGAUGAAGAAUCUGACCUGAGGAGCUCACAGCUUGGGCCGACUCAAUCGCAAGGGCUGUUCCAGACUAUACCACGUGAUGACGUGAGAAGCUCCCAGGUAAGGUCUCCCGGGGGCUAUAUGAAUGAGAGAUGGCUAAAAAAAUGCAGCUGAGACCCACUCAAUCACAAGGGCUGUUCCAGACUAUACCACACGAAG